AAUAGACUUUCAAACAGUACGGACUUGUCACUGUUCACGAGCUAUUUUUGAGAUUAAUCACCUAAACCGCGUUGAAAAAGAGAACCGAAAAUGGCAGACGUAUCGAAACUGCGCCUCAACUUUGUCCAGGGCCAGGACUAUGGCAGUAACCAAGGAGAGUACUCACGCAAUAGCAAGCAAGUAAGAGGUAAAGAAAUUUGGGUAGCUCAAAGCAUCAAUCGAAUGAUAUUCUAUGCAGGCAACGCCUGGGUUGUUACCAGCACUGACUACAUGCAACAGGUUCUUACUGGUGGAGCUACUGGAGGUUUAGCAUCGUCCAACCGUGCAGGGGACACACCAUACGAGGCCGAUUGGGGUCCAACUUAUGAAGUGAAAGAUGUAUACCUAACGAGUCAACAACGAUGGGUGCCUACCACAGAGGUGUUCCUCUCUCCUUCUGUUCACAUUUCAUGGUCAGCUCCCUCGAAUCCUCAAGGCAUUACUUGGUUUUACACCGAAGUAAAAGUGACGGACACCGCGCCAAACACUUACUAUAUGACCAAUGGCUUUUAUGGCGGAUACAUGGGCAUCCAAGAUCGCACUCCAAAAUGGGUUAUCUUCUCAAUAUGGGACAAGACCUCAACGGACGACGAUCCUAAUGCAUCGCCUGACGACCUGGUUAAACUCAUUGCCAAAGGUGCAGGGGUGACGGUCACUCGUUUUGGUGGAGAGGGUACGGGAGGCAAAAGCUAUCUUGAAUACAAUUGGAGCGUGGGAAAUACCUACCAACUGAUGGUUAACGUGCGACCAAGUCCCGAACCAGACAAAGCCAUCUUCACUGGUUGGUUUCGUAUACCAGAGUUAAACAUCUGGCGAAUGUUGGCAUCAUUUCAGGUACGACCAUUGGAGACGAGCAUGAAGUUGACUGGUCUUUACUCCUUUAUCGAAGACUGGAUUGGAAACGGCUUCCGGCGCCAAGGAGAAUGGGGACCAACAUGGAUCAAGACAGACACUGGUUCCUGGGUACAGGCGACCAAAGGAAGCGGUACAACCACCAAUCAAAGUGCAAAAAACCGAAAUCUGUUCUUGUCCAAUGAUCAAAAGCGAAUCGGGAUGACGACUGGGGGCCCCGCAUUGGAGGAUACGUCUUUAGGUCCAUAUACAUGCUCUAAUAGCUCUCUUCCAUCUGUUUUGUCACUGAACCCUCUUCCAAGUAAUGACGGUGACCCAGCAAGAGCGUGAUUUUCUUGACAUGAAGAACUUUCAAUGACUUUUUGCAAUUAAAUUUUUGGAAAAUUCACAAUUCUGUUGUUAGGCGGUUCAUCAAGAAAAAUUAGAACACUUGCAUGUUUGAAAAAUCAACUGAGAUGACUGAUAUUAUUCAUAAAUUACACCUCACUAGUUAUUUGAAAUUUUUAGUAAUCAAUAUCAUUGUAAGCAAAAGGGCAAGUUCAAUAAAUUUUUGAAAUAUUGUGU